CGCCGCCAAAUUUCACAAAAAACCAAAACAAAACAAAGCAGCUAAUCACAGCAGACAAGCAGCAGCCGUUUACGAUCUCAAUUAGCCAACUCUUAGAACGACAGCAGCAGCAAAAAUGCUGGCCACACAGCAGCAACAGCAGCAGCAGCCACAGCAGCAACAUACAGCGGCAGCAGCGACAGCAGCAGCAGUAACUCUUGAGGAUGCGGUUAUGGAGCGACAGCGUCGGGAUUCCAGCACCUCGGAGUCGUCGCUGGAGCAUCUGGAUCUGGGGCGCACGCCAAAGAAGCUGAGCAGCAGCAGCGGUGCGCCGCAGCCGACGUCGACGCCGAAUGUUGAGGCAACGUCGCGGAAACGCAAGAUGCGACAGCAGCAGCAGCAGCAGCAGCAGCAGCAGCUGCAAAUCUUGUACUCUGACGAGGAAGACGAACAACAGCAACAGCAGCAGCAGCAGCAGCAGCAACAGUUGCUGGAGUCGGUGCAGUCGAUUCAUCGCAUACGCCACAAGCAGCGCCGCAGCGGCAAUGCAGUCGCCGCCGCUGCCAGCGCCAGCAUCGUGGUCGACUACAGCGUCGGCAGCGAUGCCAGCUCGCUGCGCAAAAAGUUUCGUCUGAAUCGCAGCAGCAUCAGCACCCACAACGACGACCUCUCCGAGUCGGGCUUCGUCGAUGGCAGCGGCUUCUUGCUCAGCGCCAGCGGCGUGGCUCAGUCGGCGGCGGCGACGGCGACGGCAGCGCAGCAGCAGCAACAGCAACAGCAGCAGCAGCAGCAGCAGUUGCAGCAGGGCUCCGGCAGCAGCUCGGGCGGCUCCUCGCCGCAAGGGCUCUGCCACUCGAGCGCCGAGUCGGGCAUCAGCGCCGGCGACGAGCAUAUGAAAUAUGUCUGCCCCAUCUGCGAGGUUGUCUCGGCCACGCCCCACGAGUUCACCAAUCACAUUCGAUGCCACAACUAUGCCAACGGCGACACCGAGAACUUCACCUGCCGCAUUUGCUCCAAGGUGCUCUCGUCAGCCUCCUCGCUGGACAGACACGUCCUGGUGCACACCGGGGAGCGACCCUUCAACUGUCGCUAUUGCCACCUGACCUUCACGACAAAUGGAAACAUGCAUCGGCACAUGCGCACGCACAAGCAGCAUCAGCAGCAGCAGCAGCAGCAGCAGCAGUCACAGCAGUCACAGCAGCAGCAGCAGCAGCAGCCACAGCAGCAGCAGCCGCAGCAGCAACAGCAGCAGUUGCAGCGACACCAGCAACAUGCGGCCUCAAAUGCGGUGGCUCAGCGGGCCGAGAGCUAUGAAAGCGAUGCCAGUUGCUCCACGGACAUAUCCAGCAGCAGCAGCAGUGCAGCCAGCAACAACAACAACAACAACAACAGCCAAGCGAACAACAACAACAGUGAGGAGCAGCAACUGUUGCUGGCGUGCAAGCAGCAGCAGCUGAAAACAAACAUCAACAACAACAACAUCAUUGUAAGCGAUGAACGAGCGCUGGAUGCCGAUGCAGAUGGGGAUGGGGAGGCCGACGAUGAUGUGGAUGGAGAGGCUGCCGAUGGCGAGAGCGUGGACGUGGCACAGAUGAUAACGAGCACGCCCGAUGUGGCCACAUUGCUGGCAACGUCGUCGGGCAACAGCAGCCCGACGACGCCCGAGCCUGAGUCGGAGGCGCUGCUCGGCUGCCCCGUCUGCAGUGCCGAUGAGUUCGAGACGCGUGCGGCGCUGUACGCCCACUUGGAGGCGGAGCACGCCGAUAUACCGGCCAAGUGCCGCGAGUGCCAGGUGAUCUUUGCCACACAGCGGCAGCUGCAGGCGCAUAGCUGUCGCGGCUUGCAGCUGCCGCCGCUGCUGGGCGCCAGCUCCUCGCCGCUGCACAAGCAGGAGCCAGCGGAAGAGGACGAGGAUGAGCAGCAGCAGCAGCAGCACCAGCACCAGCACGAGGAUGAGGCAGACGGCGACGACGACGAGGACGAGAUGCGACUGCAGGCGAACAGCGAGCGGGAUGAGUUCUUUCAGCAACUGUAUCUGAAGGGCAAGUCGGGCGGCUCCUCGCUGCCGUCGCCCAUCAAGCACGAGCCAUCGGAGCAGCGCCAGGAUCUGGCCGAUAUACAGAGCAUCCUGCAAAUGACCAGCUCCAGCUGCACGUCCAGCUUCUUGCGCAACUUCGAGCACAACGUGAACACGCCCUGCUCCAGCCAGUACAGCGUGGACGGGCGCGAUGGCGAGGAGGAGGCCCAGGACGCGUUCACCAGCGAGUUCCGGCGCAUGAAGCUGCGCGGCGAAUUCCCCUGCAAGCUCUGCUCGGCCGUCUUUCCCAAUCUGCGCGCGCUCAAGGGCCACAAUCGCGUCCACCUGGCGGCCGUCGGCGCCGCCGGGCCCUUUCGCUGCAACAUGUGCCCCUAUGCCGUCUGCGACAAGGCGGCUCUGGUGCGGCACAUGCGCACCCACAACGGCGACCGGCCCUACGAGUGCGCCGUCUGCAACUACGCCUUCACCACGAAGGCCAACUGCGAGCGGCAUCUGCGCAAUCGGCACGGCAAGACGAGCCGCGACGAGGUGAAGCGCGCCAUCGUCUAUCAUCCGGCUGAGGAUGCCAGCUGCGAGGAUAUCAAGCCCAAGCUGGAUCCGGAUCUGUCGGAGCUCAGCUUUCGCUCGCUCAGUCCCUCGCCGUCGACCACGAAUGCCGAGCCGAGCUCCCAGCUGAAGCACAUGCUGCUGGCAGAGCAGCCCAGCAAACAGCAGCAGCAGCAGCAGCAGCAACAGUCGCCGCAGCAGCAGCAGCAGCCGGCGCAGCCUGCCCUGAAGAUUCAGGUGAAGAGCUUGGACCAGCUGGUGGAGAAGCCGCUGGCACCUGCCAUGGAUCUGAGCAUGGAUGUGCUGGAUCUAAGCAAGAAGCCGCAGCGCGAGCAUGACGUGCUCUUGCAGCAGCAGCAGCAGCAGCAGCAACAGCAGCAGCAGCAGCAGCAGCAACAAUUGCUCUUCAAUCCAGGUGAUGCUGCCACACAGUACAUGCAGCUGCUGCGCAACCUGAUGCUGCAGCAAUCGUCCGGCUUUCCGUUCUUUGGCCUGAUGGCGCCGCCGCCAGCGGCAGCAGCUGCGCUGGAGAAGUCAGCGCCGGCGUUGGCAGUGCCAGCGACAGCAGCAACAGUUGCUGCAGUGCCGCCGCCUCUGGGCCUGCCACUGGGCGGCCUGGGCGUGCCGGUGCCAGCGGCCGGGCCCGUCAAGAUGGUCAUCAAGAACGGCGUGCUGAUGCCCAAGCAGAAGCAGCGUCGCUAUCGCACCGAGCGGCCCUUCGCCUGCGAGCACUGCUCGGCCAGAUUCACGCUGCGCUCCAACAUGGAGCGCCACGUCAAGCAGCAGCAUCCGCAGUUCUAUGCGCAGCGCCAGCGCAGCGGGCAUCAUGUGAUGCGUGGACGCGCCGCCAACUCGGGUGCAGCGGCAGCAGCAGCGGCGGCGGCGGCAGCGGCAGCCGCAGCAGCAGCCAUGACAAAUCUGCAUCAGCAGCAGCAGCAGCAGCAGCAGCAACAUGCGCCCAUAUCGGAGCAGGUGAAAUACGCGAUAUUGGCGCAGCAGCUGAAGGCGCGCAAGGAUACGGACUUGCUGCAGCAGGCGCUGGCGCAUGGCUCUAGCAGCGUCGUCGUCAAUCCAUUGCUGCACUUUGGCUACAACAACAACGGCAGCAGCAGCAGCAACAAUGGCAACGGCAGCAGCAGCAGCAGCAAUCAGGCGCAGCAGCAACAGCUGCCCGUGGAUGACGAUGAGCCGCCCAAGCUGAUCAUAGACGAAGACGAUGAAGAGGAGUUUGAUGACAUAGACGAGGAGGAGGAGGAGGAGGAGGAGGAGGACGAGUUGGAGCAGGACGAGCAACAGCAGCAGCAGCAGCAGCAGGCGGAAGAGCAGCAACAACAACUGGAGCAAGUGCAGCCCAUUGAGGUGGACGCCAAGGACGAGCCAGAGCCGCGCGCCGAGGCAAGCGAGCCGAAAGCCAAGCCCAGUGGCGAGCCAACGACUAUGAAGACAAUGAUUGCCCAAGCCGAGUCGGUGGCCAAGUCCCUGAAAGAGGUGGCCAGCUCGCCGUUCAAGGACGAAUCUCAGGACCUGGUGCCGGUGGCCAAGCUGGUGGACAAUGCCACCAGCAACCAGGUGUCGUUCCACAGCUACUUUCGGCCCAGCGAUGUGGCCAAUCACAUGGAGCAGAGCGACGAGGAGGGCCUCGUCGCCUCCGGCAGCGCCAGCGAGAGCAACAACUCCGGCACCGAAGACGUCACCAGCAGCAGCAGCUGCAGCGAGCCGAAGAAGAAGUCCGCCUACAGCCUGGCCCCGAACCGCGUCAGCUGCCCCUACUGCCAGCGCAUGUUCCCCUGGAGCAGCUCGCUGCGUCGCCACAUCCUGACCCACACGGGCCAGAAGCCGUUCAAGUGCUCCCAUUGCCCGCUGCUGUUCACCACGAAGAGCAACUGCGAUCGCCAUCUGCUGCGCAAGCACGGCAACGUCGAGUCCGCCAUGUCGGUCUAUGUGCCCACCGAGGACGUCAGCGAGCCGAUACCCGUGCCCAAGUCGGUCGAGGAGAUCGAGCUGGAGGAGCAGCGCCGCCGCAAAGCGGCCGAAAAGGAGCGCCAGCUGGAGCUGGAGCGGGAGCGCGAACGCGAGCGUGAACUGGAGCUGGAGCGCGAACGUGAACUGGAACGGGAGCGCAAGCAGCAACAGCUCAUCCUGACCGCAGCCGCUCAGCUCAACCAGCAAAUGGUGGCAGCUGCCCAAGCGGCCCAAGCAGCUGCCGCAGCCCAAGCCGCAGCUGCCCUCAGCAGCACCGCAGCCGAGGCCAAUGGCAGCGAGCUGCCCUACAAGUGUCACCUGUGCGAGUACUCGUUCGGCGAGCGGCUGCAGUGCCUCGACCACAUCAAGCAGCAGCACGCGCAGGAGUUCGCCCUGCUGCUGGCCAAGGGCGCCAUCGAAACGGAGCAGGAGGCGGCAGCGACAACAGCAACAGCUGCCGCUGCCGCUGCAUCCAAUGCCGCCGUCUCUGAGGACGAGUCCGGCACUGGACGCAGCUCUGGCAAGUAUCCGGACUACAGCAAUCGCAAGGUGAUCUGCGCCUUCUGCGUGCGUCGCUUCUGGUCCACGGAGGACCUGCGCCGUCACAUGCGCACCCACUCGGGCGAGCGGCCGUUCCAGUGCGAGAUCUGCCUGCGCAAGUUCACGCUGAAGCACAGCAUGCUGCGGCACAUGAAGAAGCACAGCGGACGCAGUCACAAUGGGGAGCAGGGCGGCUCCGACUGCUCCGACGAUGAGCAAAUGGCAACGCCGCCGACGACACCAACGCCCACGGCCAUGCCCAUGCCCAUGCCAAUGCCCAGCAACAACAACAACAACAACACUUGCCACAACAACAACAACAACAACAACGGCAGCAGCAAGAGCCUGCGUCUGCCCAAGCUGCACGAGCUGCUGGACAAGGCGAACGAGUGGCGCGUCAGCCGCCUGGGCGAGCACAAGGAAAACAUUGCCGAAUCCUCAGCGCCCACAACAGCGGCAGCCGUCGGCGUGGGCGUGGGCGUGGCCAGCGGCGAUUUCCUCGGCAAUCUGCUGGGCAUCACCGACCAAGGCAUACUCAACAAGCUGCUCAGCUCGCCCGACGAGGCGGCCAAGCUGCUGGGCGUCGAAAAGUGAAAGGAAACCAACAAAAUUAAACAGAGGCGUUGGAGGCGCACCCUCUAAGCCAGCUCAGUAGUCCUAGUCUUAGACAGCUAGCAAAAAGAAACAAAACAUGAAAUAAGCAAGC